UCGAUUUCACCACCGUCGACGGCGGCAGCGACUUCCGAUGCUGUUCCAGCACAAGAGCCCGGUCAUUCGGGGCCUGAGUUGGAUUCCCGUGGGACUCGUGACCGCCCUCAUUGUCCUGGAGUACAUUGUGUUUGUCCGGUUUCACAUCCGAGCCAAGCUCUUGAAUGGCGACGACUCGUUUGGGCUCUUGUUCGAGUUUGUCGUGUUCAAUUCGCUCACGGCCGUCACAGUGAUGUCGUACUACCGGGUCGUCACCACAGACCCAGGCUUGAUCAACGACAAAUUGGCCGACUACUUACGCCAACGCGCUCAACACGCCGGUAUUCAAUUGCCCAACUGCCGAAGUUGUCACAAACCAAAGCCGAGUCGCGCCCAUCAUUGCAGCAUCUGCAAAAUGUGCGUCGUCAAAAUGGAUCAUCAUUGUCCGUGGGUCGGGAACUGCGUCGGGCUGCGAAACUACAAAUACUUCUUCUUGUUCGUCCUGUACGGCGCCGUCACGUGCAGCUGGAUCGUGCUGCGCCUGUUUGAGCCAUUCUUCCGCGCGGUGCAUCACAUGGACAGCACCCUUCCGCUGCACGCAAUCUUGGCAUACGUCAUGGCUGCAAGUGUCACGUUAUCCCUGUCGCUGUUUGUGUGCUUCCACUCGUACUUGAUCUGGAAUGGCCAGUCGACGCUCGAGCUCAACGUGUACGGCCGACGCAGCCCAUAUCGAUAUCGCCAGUUGUCGGAGAAUUGGCGCGCCGUGUUUGGCUCGACAUGGCACACGUGGAUGCUUCCCCUCGUCCCCGACAACGCCGACCACGACUACAUGAUGUGGACACGGAGCCACGACGUCGAGCGAUCGUACGACGAUGACGACUCGGACGUGAGUUUGAUUCUGUGAGUUGGCGACCCAUGUCGAAUGCACAACGCUUUUGACAUGUUGAGCCACCGUGCCGAUAUGAAAUGUUGAGGCAGCACGUCCACCGCCCGAGAUCGCGUUUGUACCCCUUGCGGAAUGCCGCAGCGAGCCUCAGUAGUGGUGCGUGGUUGGAUCGAUGACGAGGUCGACUGCGAAAAUCUUCGCUUGGCGUAGUCCGAAUACGGGCUACGACGAGUAGAGAUGUACUUCUGGUGGCCAGUUGACACACCGAGAGUGGCGAGGCGUGCACGAGCGCGCACGACGUAGAGAAUGUUGUGAACGAUGAAUUCGCUGUACAGGUCCA